AUGCACCUGCUCCCUCGCUUGCAUCUGCGGCCGUUCCUGCUCUCGCUCAUUAUUGUCUCCAGCGUAGCGGCCAAAAUCAUCCAUCUUUUACAACAUAUACGCACUCUUCCGCGCUCGUCAUUCCUUUUAUACCUCCCCACCUUCUUUCUCUUCGAUUUUCUUGUCGUGGUGGUUGCGUGGGCCUUGUUGCAAAAGACUCUAGGCAUUGGGAAUGUCGUGGGACUAGCCAUUGUUGCUCUUGUUGCCAUUGUUGACCUAAGCGCUGCAUCCUCCCAGCUGGGCUUCUUUUACGUCACCGGUGCCGAAGUACGAUGGGGGGCCGCUACAAGUGUUGCUGCUGAUUCCGGUGGACUCAAACUGCUGCUGAGUGGUUUGGUCCCUGUCGUUGCUGUCGGCGCUGCCAUUCUCGUCUUAGCCUCCAUCAUCUCUCCUCUUGUUUGGCUGAUCUUUGAUUCCUGGUUUUCCUCCGUCGUCAAUAGCGUGCUCACAUUGCGAUCGAGAUGUUCCGGCGGCGAAUCCGGCGGUCGCUACUUGCCCCUGUCAAACAACGAGCAGAAGCAACCGCAUUCACGGAAGAGCAUUGUGCUUUACGUCACAGUCGUCUUCUUCACUUGUCUGGCCUAUCUCCAAAUCACGCGGCCGCCCGUGCCUUACGACCACAUGUCUGGGACGAUUCCUUUCACACUGUGGGAAGCUUUAAAUCCCGCUGAAAAGGUCUGCCAGUCGACUGAGCAGCAGCCCUUUCCGCUUCCCGAAUUGGUUAGUGAAGAUUUGUGGGAACCGGCCUCCGGUCGUUACAAAGGCUGGAAUCCUGGCCUGGUCAACAGUUCCUCCGAGUACGAGCAAAUCUUCUCAAAGCCCAAGUGGGCGCCCGAGACAUGGCCUGCCGGAUUCGGGAGAUGGGAGCUCCAGUCAAACGAUACACUUGAUAAUUCGUCUUAUACCGAGUCGUUGGUACAAUCCAAGUGCCCCGGACCUUUCAACAUCCACAACACUUAUGACCCUACUAUCGAUCCGAUGCGUAUCACCAACCUGGGUAGCGACAUAUUAGAACCGGUGCAAAAGGUAUUGGCCGACCACAAGGUUUCGAUCAAGCACGUUAUCGUCAUGGAAAUGGAAAGCGCGCGAAAAGACAUUUUUCCUUUCAAAAUGGGCUCUCAUCUUCACGAGAUGAUAGUCGAUUACUACGGAACCACAGAGGACAGUAAUAUGGACGAGUUGAAUGCAAAAUUGGCCGCCAUGACGCCAAUUGCCGAGCAAAUCACCGGCGAAUCUGGAAACUUUCCUAGUGAAGCUCGAGAGUCUGCUGAACGAAACCUGACAUGGAAAGACCCUUCUGGUCCUGACAUGGGCGGCAUCAAUGUCGUUGGUGCCGUCACCGGAAGCAGUCUGUCUUUCAAGAGUUUCCUAGGAAGCCACUGCGGCGUGGCUCCUCUUCCGGUGGAUUUUAUGUUUGAGAACCGCGCCGAAAUCUACCAGCCCUGCAUGAUGCACAUCCUCGACCUGUUCAAUCAGCUCAAGGAGGAAAGGGGCGUAAAGGCCACCGACAUGCGCAGCGCCAAGUGGAAGUCCAUUUUCAUGCAGUCCAUUACCGGCGAAUUUGACAACCAGAAUCAUCUAAAUGACCAAAUGGGGUUCCAAAGCACGAUUGUCAAAGAGAAGAUUGAUACAGGCAGGGCAAAAUACUAUCAUGAAGACAUGAAAGAAAUCAAUUACUUUGGAUAUCCCGAGAUAGAAAUUCUUCCAUACUUGAAUGAUAGCAUCCACGAGGCCAAGGCCAAUGGCGACCGGCUUUUCCUCUCGCAUUUCACCAGCACCACGCAUCACCCGUGGGGAACCCCUAGCGGAUUCCCGACUGAGAACUAUUGGUCAGGCGACCACCUGAUCAACAAACACGAAGACAACAACAAGUUUCUUAAUGCCGUGCGUUAUGUCGACACUUGGCUCGGCACUGUUAUGAAAUUGCUCGAAGAUACGGGGAUCGCGAAUGAGACGCUGGUGGUAUUUGUCGGUGACCAUGGACAAGCGUUCAAGGAAGAUUCUCACAUCACCGGCACAUUUGAGAACGGACAUAUUAGCAACUUCCGCAUUCCUCUCGUUUUCCGCCAUCCCUUGUUGCCGCGCAUCGAUGUGGCAGCGAAUGCAACCUCUAUUUCUAUUCUCCCUACCAUCUUGGAUCUCUUGAUCCACACCGACUCUUUAGACGCAGACGACACAGAGGCCGCGUCGGACUUGAUCCACGAGUACGAGGGCCAGUCUCUGAUCCGGCCUUAUAAAAACACACACAAUGGCCGGGAGGCAUGGAAUAUUGGCAUCAUCAACACUGGCGGGACCAUGUUGAGCGUCGCCUCUGCAGCCGUGCCCUACCGCCUCACCCUUCCCUUGACAGAGGAGCAUACCUUUCUCUUUUCCGACCUAUCUAAAGACCCGAAUGAAAUCGACGUUAUUGAAGACUGGGAUUCGAAUUCCCUGUACAGCCGCAUCGAGAAAAAAUACGGUGAAGAGGCUGCCCACUGGGCCGAAAAGGCUAUCGACGUGGGACACUGGUGGGUCAACGAGAAAAAACGCAUAUGGAAUUAUCGCGAAUAA